UCCUCUGACCCUCCUAAACUCUGAAAUGUAGUCAGUCCUUCCCGACUUCUCAGAGCCUCUUUGCUCUCGAGUCAAUUCUUGAUUUUUUCCUUCCCCAACCAUCACGUGUCUAACUCCCCAUAGUACCACCCCAACCAACUGUGUCUUUCAGCCGCAUCGGUGGAGAGGCCCAGGAAGUUGCCUUCCUAGCAGCCAGCCCUUCCUUCGAGCUGCCUGUCCCCUGGAGCAGGGGCUCAUGGAAGCAUGCAGACACUGGUAGCCGUCCGGUUUCUCCUUGGCCUUUACUGUCACAGCCCUCCAUCAGGCCCCACUCUGUGCCUCUGUUCCAGAUGCCAUGCAAGCCCUGCCAGCCGCCUCAGUAGGAGCUGGCAUGUCCACUCAGAACAGGCUGGGGACAAUGUAGUUGCUGUGGACGCCGUCAAUCAGCCCUUGCCCAUUGUUGUGGACGAACCAGCAGGCAACUUUUGUGCCAACGCUGACGUCCUUCCUGUAGUCCUUCUGGGAGCCCCUGGGAGAAAGGAGAGAGAUGCUGUGAUACACGGGGUAGGCAAGAUGGCUGCUGUGCCCAAGGACCUAAGGUUGAAAAGGCGUGUGAAGUUGCCAAUUCUAGGAGUCCAAACUCUGGUCAAGAAUGAGGCCUUGUGGUUACUCCUUCUAGGGGGUCAGAUUUGGCCUUUUCCCAGUUAAAGGGGGCCAAGACCCCAGAGGGAAACAAGGAUGCCCCACAGACGACAAGAGCCAGAUGGGCUGAUGUGCGUGGGCAGAGAGAGCUCCUUCCUCCUGUCUUGUGACAGGGCAGGGUGAGGACGUCAGUAGAGUCUCCUCACCGGGUAACUGUCAGCCGAUGGUUCUUCACCACCAUUGUGGCAUCUGGCUUUGUGGGGUCAGAGCCUGGGUGGACGUCAGACACUUUAAAGUCAAAGGGGUGGAAGAAUUGUCCUGGGAAUAAAAACAUUCACACUGUCAGCCCUGCCACCACCAUAUGUGACAUGGCCACUGGUCUUCCAAGGUAGACGCAAAGGCUGGAUGAGGUGUUGAGCCCUGGGUCCAGGGUGGUUAGGCUGGCCCUUUGCAUGGCUUUUUCCCUCCACCAUGUGGCCUGAACAACCUGAGGCUUGAACAUUUCGUACCCAGCAGCCCAUGUGUCUGUGCUGACAUCCGAUGACUGUCCACCACAUAGAAGCCCAGGAAGUCAUGGUGGAUGGGCUGUUUCUUCCACACCUGAUGCAAGACAACCACAAAAGUAACCCCAUCUCCAAAGGAGACCACCAUGUUCUUCUUGUCGAUCGUCACAGACAGUCUAGGAGAGAAGAGGAGGUCAGCAGUGAGGCCCAGUGGUCAUGACACCAGGCAUCUGAAUCAAGGGUAUCUCAGCAGGAGACAUGACACCUGAGAGCGCACAGACUCCAGAAACUAUGUCAGGGGUGCUGGAGAGAAGACGCUUAUGCAUGUUGACUGUGCACUCCACUGAGUGGGUCCCUGCUCCUCUGUAAGCAGGAGAAGGGGCUGUCCUGGGCGUCUGGAGGCCCGGGAUCGAGCCCCAGCUCCACCACUGGCUUCCUGUGCGACAUUGGGCAGGUUCUGCCCCUCUCUGAGCCUCUGUGGAACUAACACCGCUGCCCUGCCCACCCAGCUUGGGGUGAUCUGAAGACACACGAGAGGCUGAGGAGUUUGAGAACAAGCGAGUUCAGCCAGACACGAUGCAUGUAGGGAUCUUGGUCACUCUCAGCUUGCUUGCCAGGUCCACCUAAUGCUUUCGUCCACACAGCGCUUCCCUCAAGGACCCCCUAGCCAUCUGCCUGUCCCAGAGAGCUGAUUCAGGAAAGACUCCGGAGGGGGACGGCACAGGGCCACGCUCUGCGGCAGCGGGCACAUACUCACUCAGGGGAAGCUACCGUCAGUCAACUGACGAGAACCCUUAGGCUCAGAGUGGAACAGAGCCCAGCCCCAGGCCCCUGGCCCUGGGAGGGAGGAAGAGGAGAAAUGCAUUAGAGGCCACAGACUCCUGGUGUCAGGGCCAGUGUGACCGACUUACUGCCUGGCCAGCCAGCCCCAGGCCUCGUGUGGCCCCUGCAGGAACCAAGAGCUCCUGGAGGCAGAGGCCUGGCCCAGACCGGCUCGUUACCUCCCAGCCCCAACCCCCAUGGCCUGUGCCAGUUGCAGGGACACUCAGGACCCCCCUCUUGGGGUCUGGUUGAGCAGGCCUGGUCCCAGCCUCCAGCUCUCAGGGCCGCUUCCUCUCACAGUCCCCAGGCACCUGCUCCAGGCCUAACUUUUAGGUCAGAAGUGCUUCUUCUUGUCUAACUGAACCCUUCCAUGCUGCAGCCUAAGUCCCUUUCCUGGAAAUGACCCUGGGCACUGUGCCCUUUUAGAAACUUCGAGGCUCCUAUUCACACUAAUGGCUUCGCUCCCUCUACAACACCCUCCCCAUCCCUUGGCCAGUUUUCCUUCGAUGCCCCCAGGACCUGCGCUUCUCAGAAGGUCUGGUCUCCUCAGCCUGGCCCUCUUCUCUUCAGGGCACCUAAGGCCAGGGGCCUGGAAGAAGGCCUCUGAGUUCCGGCCCCUACCCUCCGUGCCCACCUUCCCCAGGCUUGUCGGCAAUGGCUGUCUUGUUCUCGUUGUCCUCAGGCUUGGUCACCACCAUGGAGGUCAGUGGAGUCACGAAGUGGUACUUGAGGGACAGGUCCAAGGCCUGGGCUGUGAGGUCCUCCUUCUCCUCGCCAUGGGCAUUCUUGCUGUGGGGAGGGGCGGGGUGGGAGGGUCAGCCCAGGACCCUCCUCCACCCCUCCCAGUGGGGUCCCCCAGGAUAGAGCCCACUAGCACUCAGAAAAAACUGGUUCACCAGCUCCCUGGGACAGACGGACAUGCCCUGAUUCCUCUCUGGACCUCAGUUUCCCCACCUGAAAAAUACAAGGGGCUCGAGAUGGCCAUUGCAACCAUCAGUCAUGAUAGUGUUCACAUGCUGAGCGCCAGCGGCUUUCCUGGCCGAGCCCACUUAACAGAAGGCUGACACGGCCCUCUUGCAUGGGCCCGAGCUCUGCUCCCUGUGGCUGAGGGCUGGGGUCCCAGCCUUUGGUUGUGUUCAGCAUCAACAUCUCUGUGGGCCCAUGCUGGGUGCUUGGAACAGGAUGCUAAGGCCCACCCCUGCCCUCGAGGUGCUCCCAGCCUGCUGCUUGAGCCCCAGAUGAUGGACCCGGCUCUACUCCAGGGAAAACGGGCCAUGGGGCCUGGCCAAGAAGAGGGCAGGGCAGCUGGAGUGGGCGUGGAGGUGCACUUCCUGGGGUUUAAGUUUCCUCCUCGUGGGCUCCCCCCGGAGCAUAGCCAGCACAGGGGGCUUCACAGGUAGGUGCUGGGGCAGUGCCGGGGGCUGAGUGCGGGGCCCGGCCGUGUGAGAGGUGGGCCAGGGUCACCAUUUCUCCAGCAGCUGCUCGAUAGUGAGGUAGGCCCAGAGCCGCUCAAUGUAGUUCCCAAAAAUGUAGUCCCGCUCCUUCAGGGCCUUCUCCAUCUCCUUCAUGUCCAGCUCCUCAGUGAAUGUCAGGUCGUUGAUGGCCUGGGGCAGGGGUGGGAGAAGGUGAGAGGCUGGAGGCCUGGAGCCAGGAGCCAGGUGGGCCUUGUUCAGGAGCUGCUACUGCUGGGCCGUCAGCCAGGAGGCUGGAGCCCUAUCCGUGCGGAUCCCCCAUCCCCAGCGCACAGCCGGGCCCCGGCCCAGCUUACCCCGUGGCCCUUCACGUCCGCCUUAAAGCUGUUCAUGUCCUCAUCUGCCAGGCGCCCAGCCACCACAAUCUCAGAGCCGUCGUAGAAGUGCUGGUAACUGUUCUGGGUGAGGUCCAGGAUGGCGUUCUCAGGGUACUCCAUCUCCACAUCUGUCAGCAGCGGGUUGGCCACCUCCUCAUAGAAGCCCUGGAGUCCAGAUAGGGGACCUGCUCAUCUCAGGCCACCAGGGCGGGCAGAGAGAGGACAGGGUGGGCAGGCUCCCACUGGCGCCUCCGCGGGUUGUUGAGUCUCCCGGGCUGGGCCAGUCCUGGCUCCUGAUCUCUACUUCCAUGUGGCCCUGACUGUGCCCUUCAGUUUGGGGGUGCCCUUCCUCACCGUGUUCCCCCCUCCCCCCAGGUAGAGACUGGGAGGAAUAGAAAAGGAAAGGACAGAGUUCUUGGCACAUAGAAAGGACUCAAGAAAUGUUUGUUGGAACGAAAGUAAGAAGGAAGGGUGGAAGCCGACUAAAGAAGGCGAUGUGGGGUGAGAGCAUGGAGACCCGGAGACUGACAGGAGGAAGGCUGGGGGUGUCCACUGCAGAGGUGGAGAAGCAGUCACCUGUGCCAGGGAGGAGGGGGAGGGUACCAGAUUUAGCAAAUGAAAAUACAGGACAUGAGUUAAACUUGAAUAUCAGGUAAAUGACAAGUGACUUUUUAGUAUAAAUACAGCUGUCAUGGGAUGAAUUGUGUACCCUCAAAAUACAUAGGUUAAAAUCCUUACCCCCAGUACCUCAGGGCAUGACCUUAUUUGGGGAAAGGGCCUUUACAGAGGUAAUCAAGUUAAAAUGAAGUGUUCAGGAUGGACUCCAAUCCAAUCCGACUGGUGUCCCUAUGAAAGGGGGAAAUUUGGACCCAGAGACAGACAUGCACACAGAGAAGAUGAUGUGAAGAUACAGGGAGAAAAUGGCCAUCUACAGGCCAAGGAGAGAGGCCUGGAACAGAUCCUUCCCUCGCAGCUCUCAGAAGGAGCCAGCCCUGCCGACACCUUGAUUUUGGAGUUCUAGCCUCCAGAACUGUGAGACGAUAAAUUUCUGUUGUGGAAGGCACCCAGCUUAUGGUAAUUUGUUAAGGCAGCACUAGUAAACUAAUACAGUGUCCUAUGCAAUAUCUGGAGCAUGCUUGCUAAAAAAUUAUUUGCUGUUUAUGAGAAAUUCAUAUUUAACUGGAUGUCUUGUAUUUGAUCUGGCAAUCCUACAGAGGAAGCAGGUCUGUUCUGUGUAGCCCACAGACAAAAUCAGAACCAGUAUGGAUGGGUAAGAGAUAACCAGAGGUAGAUUUCAACCCAAGAGGAAGUUCUUUCUAAUAACCGAAAUUGUCACACAGUGGAACAGUUUCCUGAGGAAGUAGUGAGCUCCUUAUUCCCAGAGGUGUGCAAGACAAGACAUACCUGCAACUGCACGUUGGCAUCGGAAUCCUCAUAAAUGCGGCGGGCAAGCCCGUGGUUCUCCAGGGCCAUACGCUCCAGGAAGUUAUAAUUCAGAUUGUUGCCAAAGCCCAGGUUAUAUAAGGGGAACUUGCCACCAAUGGCAUUCCGCACAUUCUCUUGGAUUUUUUCAGGUCUGCUUUCACCUACAGGAGAAGGAGGUGUUCACGCUCCAGCCACAGCCCCGGCGGCUGUCAGGAGAAGCUGUCUGGACAGAUCUGACUCCUACACGUGCAGUUGGCGGAGUCAUGGCCACCAGCCCUUGUAGAGGCAGACGUGGGAAGGCCUGGCAGGGAGGCAGGGCCCUGCCCUUGAGGGGCUUACAGACCAUGGGGGACCCUGGAGAGAGCUGCCCAAGGUCUUGCAGCACGCCAGCUACAGAGCCAGGAGCGGCAGCCAGAGUUACACCCGCUGCCUCACCCACAUUGGCGUCCCCGUCGGUCAACAUGAUGACGAUGGAGGUGCUCCUCUCCAGGUCUCUGUACUCCUCCCGGGCCUUGUUCAGCAUACUGAUGCCCUUCAGCAGCGCGUCAUUGAUGUUGGUCACUGGCACACAGACAGACAGACGGCACCAUGGGAGCGUGUCCUCAGGGUGUCAGGGUGGAGGAGGUCGAGACAGCAGGCCCUGCUCACGUGCCCAGGGACCCUGCCUGCCCAUAUGUGGUGGUACUCAGUAAAUAUCGACUGAAUGACUCAGUGAGUGAUGAAUGAAUGACUUAGUCUUUCAAAUGAGUAAAAAGACCAGCCUCUCAGGGCUGCCGGAAGGAUAGAUGCACACAGUGAUUGUAAGAGCAUUUGGAGAACAGUCAAAUGGACUCCCAGCCCCUCUCACAGGGAGGAGUGGGGAACAGUAUAGACAUCACUUGUCAUCUUUCAUACAAAACUGCCAUGGAUAAGGGUAUCUUGCUGGGGCUAGUGGGGCACCAGGAUCACAGGUUAGAAACAGAAAGAAUGGCUUUCCCUAGACCACAAAGAAGACACCCCAGUAUCUAGCCUCAGGACUCCCCACCCCCACCUCUACCCCCAGCCAGGGUCUGCCGGGCCUGGACCAGCAGAGACUCUGCCCCAAGGCAGGAGGGAGAUAGGCUGCUCAGGCAGACAGGAGUGGCAGGAUGUGGCUCCCUCCCCUCUGUUCUUACUUCCUUGGUCACGAAUAUUCAUCACAAAUUUCCUGGCCUCCUGGAUGUUCUCAGGAGUGGCUUGAACUAAAGUGUCUUUCCAAGUGGUCACACCUCCACUGAACAGGAUGAAAUUCAGGUAGUCAUCCUCUUUCACAUCCUCCAGAAUUUUGAGGAGGGCAUCCUUUGUCUGGGAAGGAGAAAGACAAGCAGACAAGAAGAUGUCUUCCCAGCCUGGGCUGGCGGUGAGGCCCAUGCCAUCUGCAAAAAAAGGGGCAGAUGAUUUGUGCCUUUUUAGAAUCCUGUCCCCCUUUCCCAUCUUUCACUGGAAAUAUUGGCUUCGUCCACUUUUUAAAAAUCUCUCUCUCCCUCCCACACGUCCCACCCCCACCCCCUUUGCCCCAAGGAGAGUACCUGCUCCAUUUUCCGACCGUGCAUGGAGCCACUGACGUCAAUCACGAAGACCACGUUCUUGGGCACCACCGGAAGGCCUUGAGGUGCAAAGAAGUGCACGAAGUAGCCAUUGACGAUCUGGAAAGGGGAGAGAGAGAGAGGAGGCCAGUAUCCCUUCAGCAACCUCACGUUGGCUGCCCUUGCAAAUAGGACGCAGCCGUUAACCAGCCCAAAAUAAAGAUGUCCUUUCCACCCCUCCAGGGGUGCCACACGAAGGCUCUGGACUACCUAUCGUCCCCACACCUUGCAGGAAACUCAUCCUUGGGCUGAGGAUCAAGGGUGUCUCACUAGAUGAAGCUGCAGCCCCUCCCCGCAUCAGCCCUCACUCCACCAUGGUGGGGAAUCUACCAGCCUGGCAGAGCCAGUCGGCGGGCACCUACCUGCACAUUGGCUGGAGACUCUCUGUUCACGUCAUAGGUGAUGAUAAAAUCUCCUUUGAGGAGGGAGUCCGUACACGUUGGGCAUGAACGUUGUUGAUCCAAGCUGGGCUUGAAGGACACGUGGCCCUGAGGGAGGGUGAUGGCCAGCCUUGCUCAGCUUGGCCAGGGCCUGCCCUCUGCAGACCUCAGCCCGGGGCUGCGCUGGGGAGCACGGUGCAGUCCUCAUGGCGAGGAGCCUGUAGUCAAUCCCCGGGUUCAGACUCGCCCUGCUAGGGUCAGUGUUCCUGCACCUGCCCCCCAGGCCCGAGGGGCAUCUACACCACCUUUUUCCCUGAGAAGGACUUGGUGAGAGCGCUGCUCAAGAGGUCAUUGGUGAUGAAUGAGGCUUCAGCAUCCAGCGUACUGAUGCCCUGGGGCUCGAAGAUGUCUGCUGUGAUCUGAAAUGGCGAAAGGGUAGGUAACACCAUCAAUGGUCCUGCAGGGAUAGAGAGCUGCUGGGGGACUCAUGCUGAGCCAGACUCCGCUCCCAGCCCAGAGCCAGCAGUCGUGAUGACACCCACAAGGUGAAGUUGGUGAUGAAGGCUGUCUUGGGCAGCUCCACAUUGAAAGAAACCUCCUUGGCAGUGUCUGCGUGGUUGACGGCCCUGGUGGUGACGACAUUGUGAGCGAAGCGGGAGGUCACCUUGCAGUGGACCUUGGUGCCGUAGACUUCGAUGCCAUCGACCACCUGCGGGAGAGGAACAGUGUUCAGCAGAUGGUGACCAGCCAGCCUGAGGCACCCGGAAGCCAGGACUUCCUCCUGGCCUCUCCCCUUCAAGCUCCCCUUUGUGGGCUCCAAAGCUCCUGCCUGGCCCUUGUUUCCUAUCUGAGGGCAGUGCAUGGGGAGGGCCUUCGUGCCCCCCAAAACCCUCUUUCCAACGGGGUGAUGGACCAAGGGACACUCUACGGAGACGUCUGGGUUAAACAUGGAUAUAAAGAUGCUUCGUGAAGGUGUGACGGGGCCAUUCACUGUGUGUCUCCUGCCCUGUGCAUGGGGCCUGACUAGUGCUCGCCUUUUUGUGGGACAAGCCUUCACCGGGACCCUCUUUGGAACUCUGAGCCUUGUAGGCCACGUUGGAGGUGGGCCUAUCCUGGUGACCCGCUGCAAAGCUCACCCAGGGGACAUGACCUCCAGGAAUUUCAAGUCCACAUCAUGGCCGAAGCCCAAGUUGUAGAGUGGGAACUUGCCCCUGAUGGCAUCUCGGACGUUCUUGAGGAUUUGGGUAUGAUCCGUCACCCCUGCAGCCACACAGCCAGUUUUGUCAGGUUUUGGGGAGCAAAGAAGUGGGCAAAGUGGUUAUCAGUGACCUGAAACACAAAGGGACAAGUGAGGCCUCUCUCUCAAGCACCCUGCCCACCCUCUGAGUCUUGGGCAAGAAGCUUCCAGCUCACCAGGAGGUCACAGGCCUUGUCCCGAUUGACAUCGUAGGUCACCUUGAAGUCCCCAUUCAGCAAGGUCGUAGAGCAUGUGGGGCAGGAUUGCUGCUGGCCCACCGUGGGACGGAAAAGCACAUGACCCUGGAACCAUUGAAGGUGUGAGGCAUUACUGGUUUGCAACGACAACGUAAGGGUGGCCUGCAGCCCUUGUCUGCAGCCACGCUGAGAAGUCUCUGAGGGCUCAGCCAUCCCACGCACCUCUUUUCCUGAGAAGGACUUCUUGAUGAGUUGGGCGGCCAGUUCCUUGGGGAGGAAGGAGGCCUGGGCAUCCAGCUUGCUGAUCCCCCGAGGCUCAAAGAUGUCCACGUCGAUCUGUGGCAUUGAAGCAGUUCCUGUACCAAGGCUCCCAUUGGGGAGCCUUCAUCAAGCCCCAGCCAAGAGCCAGCGUAUAUCCUGACCACCUACUGUGUGCAGCACCCGCCCAGCUCUCAGCACAGGGCCUGGCAUGUUGUAGGCACUCCAAAAAUAUUGGCCAAAUGAAAGUGUGCAUGCCUGAGCCCCUCAACUCGGCCACCACUAAGGUGCCAGUGACAAUUACAGCCCCUCAGGCUGCCCAGGACUAACUGGUUUACAGACUCCCUGGACAUUCAAUAUCUCUCAUGAUCCUUGCGGCAGUUCUGAGACACACAAAACCCCCAUUGGACAGAUGAGCGAGCCAAGGCUCAGAAGAAGGAGGAGGUUGGAGGGUUCGGGGAGCUCCCUGCCCACGAACAGCCAUCAGAGCCCACCCUGAGGAGUGAGUCCCCUCCCUGUGUGCUCAGGCCCAGGGCUGCACGUGGUGGGUGCCGAACCAGCGCUCAGAGCCGCAGAGAGGGAGAGCAGGAGCCCAGCUCCUGAGACCUUGCCCCUGCACGUGGUCACCAGCGAUCUACCUCAAAAUGCUGCACCAGCUGCUUGGGCUUGACCUUGAUGACAAUGUCAUACUGCAUAAGCUUUCGCCUCAGCACCUCCUCGUAGGUCAGCCGGAACGUGGCCUUGCUCCGGGGACCAAUGGUGACCUGGAUGGCAAACUGCUCCAUCGUUCUCCCUGAGGCCCUGGAUGUGCCACCAGUGGCAACAACAAACAGACAAAUGAUUUGGUGGCAGUGGUGGGAUCCAGAGGAAACUUCUGAGGGCUUUGAGGACAAGAAACACAAGCACUGGUACUCUCAAAUCCUUUGAGUUCUCUUUCUCGCCACUUCCAAAGGCCAUGGUAUGUCAUCAAAAAGCUGAACCUCCGAAAUGCCUCCAGCCGAGAGCGGCAAGCUGCUGAACAGGAAGCUCAGCUCUUGUCUCAGUUGAAGCAUCCCAAUAUUGUCACCUACAAGGAGUCGUGGGAGGGAGGGGAUGGUCUGCUGUACAUCGUCAUGGGCUUCUGCGAAGGAGGUGAUCUGUACAGAAAGCUCAAAGAGCAGAAGGGGAGGCUUCUGUCCGAGAGUCAGGUGGUGGAAUGGUUUGUUCAGAUCGCUAUGGCUCUGCAGUAUUUACAUGAAAAACACAUCCUUCACCGAGAUCUAAAAACUCAAAAUGUCUUCCUAACAAGAAAAAACAUCAUCAAAGUGGGUGACCUAGGAAUUGCCCGAGUGCUUGAGAACCACUGUGACAUGGCUAGCACCCUCAUUGGCACACCCUAUUACAUGAGCCCUGAAUUGUUCUCAAACAAACCCUACAACUAUAAGUCUGAUGUUUGGGCUCUGGGAUGCUGUGUUUAUGAAAUGGCCACCCUGAAGCAUGCUUUCAAUGCAAAAGACAUGAAUUCUUUAGUUUAUCGGAUUAUUGAAGGAAAGCUGCCACCAAUGCCGAAAGAUUACAGCCCAGAGCUGGCAGAAAUAAUAAGAACCAUGCUGAGCAAAAGGCCUGAAGAAAGACCUUCUGUGAGGAGCAUCCUAAGGCAGCCUUACAUAAAGCGCCAAAUAUCCUUGUUUUUGGAGGCCACGAAGGCAAAAAACUCCAAAAAUAAAAUUAAAAAUGACGACUCUAAAUCCAAGCCUGUGGCUACAGUGGUUUCUGGAAAGGCUGAAUUAAGUCAUGAAGCUGUUCCCCCUCAACGACACUCUUCUGAGGGCUCCAAGACAUAUGUAAUGGGUGAAGACAAAUAUUUGUCCCAGGAGAAACCCAUAGUCAUUGGCCCCUUGAAGACACCCCCACGUCUGAAAGGCCACACCUACAAACCAGACAUAAGCAAUACUGCAGAAUCGCUAGCCACGAUCAGUAGGGUGAAUAUUGACAUCUUACCUGCAGAAAGGAGGAACUCAGUGAACAACAGCUUAGUUCAAGAGAAUCAACGAAGACACUUAGAUGCCUCUAAUGAGCUAGAAGGUAAAUGUAUUAUUUCUCAAGUGAAAGAGAGGCUGCAGGAUAACACUAAAUCCAGUGCUCAACCUGGAAACCGAAUUUCCACAUGGUCCAUUGACUAUGUCACUGGAGAAAUGAAUGACCCAGUGAAGCCUCUGCAGCCCCUAAACAAAGACCAAAAUUUAUCAAAGGACCAGGAUCAAGUUGCUGGUGAAUGUGUUAUAGAAAAACAGGACAGAAUCCACCCAGCUUUACAGCCACACAGCUCUGGGUCUGAACCUUUCCUGUCUCAACAGCGGCGGCAGAAGAAAAGAGAACAUACUGAGCAUAGUGAGGAAGAGAGACAGUUCCAAGAGACUCCUCCUCGUCUUUUGCCUUCUCUUUCUACUGUUGGAAAAGUGGAUGUCACAUCAACACAAAAAGAUGCUGAAAACCAAAGUAGAGUGAUCACUGGGUCUGUGAGCAGUUCGAGGAACAGUGAGAUAUCAUCAUCAAAGGACCGCCCAUUAUCAGCAAGAGAGAGGAGGCGACUAAAGCAGUCACAGGAAGAGAUCUUCCCCUCAGGCCCUUCAGUGAGGAGAGUUUCUCUGAGUCCAGCGGGGUCAGAGAAACCACAAGAGGAAGGCCACCCUACCCCUGCUCAAUGGUUGUCUUCUGACUACAGCGUUGCUCAGGAAAGGAAACUCACCCAUUGUCUCUCUGAGGAUGAGUUAAGUUCUUCUACAAGUUCAACUGAUAAAUCAAAUGGGGAUUCCAAGGAAGGGAAAGGUCAUACAAAUGAAAUGAGUGACUUGGUACAAUUGAUGACACAGACCCUGAAUUUGGACUCUAAAGAGAGCUAUGAAGAUCUCCCGGUACCAGAGCCAGUGUCAGAAUUUAAACUUCUUCGGAAGUAUCGGGACACACUGAUACUUCAUGGGAAAGUUGCAGAGGAGGCGGAGGAACUCCGUUUUAAAGAGCUACCUUCAGCUAUCGUGCCAGGUUCUGAAAAAAUCAGAAGAAUAGUUGAAGUCUUGAGAGCUGAUGUAAUUCGGGGCCUGGGGAUUCAGCUUUUAGAGCAGGUGUAUGAUAUUUUGGAAGAGGAGGAUGAAUUGGAAAGAGAGGUACGUUUGCGGGAGCACAUGGGUGAAAAGUAUGUGACUUACAAUGUGAAAGCUCACCAGUUAAAAUUUUUUGAAGAUAAUGUAAAAUUUUGAGAAUUUACCUAAUCUGCUGCCAGAAUGAAACUAUUUUCAAACGUUUUUGGCUUAAACAAAAACAAACAAACCUAUAAUAAUGACUGGAGUCCAUUCACCAUCCUUAUAUUUUGUUGGGCCUUUUUUUACUAGAAAAAAAUUGGACAGAGUAAUAUGAAGCAAGCUUAUUACAAAAGAAAAAAACCUUUGGCUAUCUUAUUCUCUUUAUGAGGGAAAAUCUGUUGUACGACGUUUAUUUGGUUACUGUUUACUGAGCCUUAAACCAACUUGAUAUCUAGAACUAUUUUUUUUAAGGUACUUAUUAGCUUGAAUACAGGGAUAUAACAUACUGGAUUGGAAGUUUUAUAUUAUACUAGAGUGACGAAAGCAAUAGGAGAAAUAAAUGACAUAUAUCCAGUGACACUACUUUUUACUGUUAAUAACCUUAAGUAGAAGUUGAUAAAUUAUUUUUUUUAUUAUUCUGGGAGUAGAUUUAAAGAUAUGGCAUUAUAUAUAGUACUUGAGCAUUGAAUUCCUUUUUUUGCAUAUUGAUGGAUGUUUUAACAUUUUAUUUCCAUUUGAUAUGGACCUCGUUCAGGGUAUACAAGAAAUGAAACUAGGAGUUAUUUUGGGCUAGUAAAUCAGUAUGUUUUUACAUACUGGAUUUUUUUUUUAAGAUUUAUUUUUCCAUCAGCGAAAACAUUCCUUAAACGCUAAUUCCUUUUCUAAUUCAGCAGGUGUUAAGUAAAGUCCAGAUCCUUUUAGUUAUGUUGGACAUAUUUGUCUCCUGAAAUUUGUCUUCUUAUACAUCAAGAUAUUGUCUUCCCAUGUUUUAAAUGUAGAAUUGUAUAUCACAUAUUUUAUUAGUUGUUUAAUAAGGGGCAAUACCCAUCUAGCAAAUAGUUUUUAAAAAAUAAGUUUUGAUUAGUAAAUUUUAACUUCUGCUUUUGAGGGACUCUAAACAUGAAUAUGACUCCAGAAAUAUUUUCAUUUUUUACAGUUAAAAAUAUGUCUUACCUUUUAUGAAAAUUAUACACACACAUAAAAUAAUAAAAUGUUCUCUUUCUAGUCCACAUAAAAGACUUUUAUUUAGUUUUUACUAUGUGCCAGGUGCUAGGCCUGGGUUCAUGGCCUAAUUUCUGAAAUUUCUUUAUUUUGAAGGGUUUUUAACAACUUAACUCUAAAAACAUCUAGUCCUAGUGCUCAGCUGAGGACAAAUUUUUGGCAAACCAUCGGUCUUCCUGAGCUAUUUACCAUUUCUUGCAUGUUUUAUAAAUCCACAUCUUUCUGCAAAGUCAUCAGUUCUACUAAAGUUUUCUAACUUACUGGUAUAAAGUUAUACAUAUUAUUUUCUUAGAAUAAAAAAAAAAUCUCCUCCAUACUUUUAUUAACAUUCUGUGUAUAUAUAUAUAUAUAUAUAUAUAUAUAUAUAUAUAUAUAUAUAUAUUUUUUUUUUUUUUUUGCGGUACGCGGGCUUCUCACUGUUGUGGCCUCUCCCGUUGUGGAGCACAGGCUCUGGACGUGCAGGCUCAGCGGCCGUGUCUCACGGGCCCAGCCGCUCCGCGGCAUGUGGGAUCUUCCCAGACCGGGGCACGAACCCGUGUCCCCUGCAUCGGCAGGCGGACUCUCAACAACUGCGCCACCAGGGAAGCCCAUUGGGGUGUCAUUUUGAGAACAUGAGGUGACAUGAUUUUUAACCCUAUUGGGAGCUCUUAACUUUAUAAUCACAUUUAUUAUACUUAUUGAUAUGCUUGUUCUUGUUUCUGCCAUCUUUUAUUUUUCUUCCCCUUUUUUAGAAUCCUUUCCUGACUUUUGCUAUAUUAAGGUCUUUGCUCCCUUUUUUUUAAACUCAUAGUUUGGAAGUCCUAUAUCCUGGUAUUGAGAAACAGAAUAUUACCUGUAAUAACCCUUCCACUCCCAUCCCUCCCAGAAGGCCUUUAGAACAUUUUUCUCUUCGGCCCUCUGGAAAAUUUUAAAGGAAUUUACAGUUUUAUGGUUUCCACUUUGAACCACCUUAGGUAAAGCCUGGAUUAAAUGUUUUCUGCUUGGCAAUAGCCUUAUUUUAGUGGUACCAAGAUACUACUUUACCACAAAUUUACAUUUGUGGUAAAUUUCACAGCUGUAAGAUAUCACAUAUGAAUCAUGCAUUGAAUAAGAUGUUAAAUGUAUAAAGCAAAAGUUUUUUUAUAGGUGCUUUUGCUGUUGUUAAAGAAAAAAAAAGUAUGUUAGGAACUUGUAGCUUCAGAAAAGAGAAAUGGUUCUUACACUUUCAGAACCACAAACUUCUAACUUUGGCUUUUACUAGUAGUCAUGCUGCAGAACAAUAAACAAAAGACUCUUUAGACA